CUUCCGGGUGCCUGUGAGCUGAUAUUGCGCAUGCGCAGCUCGCUCCUCCCUUUUUGCUCGGGUCCUGCUGCAAGAUGGUGAGUGCCAGAGAUUGCUCCGUGAUGGAAAUGUUGAAUCCGCAGCCAUCCUCUGCCAUGGGCCCUGUCACACUGCCCCAGUGCCCUCUCCUCCAUGCCGGGAGAGGGAUCCUACCUGCAGGAGGGCAUAUUGUGAUUAUAGGGAGCUGCUUAGUGUUUGUUUAUAUGGAAAUGUCUGAGCGGAGGAGGAAGGCCUGUGCUGUCCUACAGGAGAUCCCAUUACCAGGCCGGUAUCUGGUCCUGCUCUCCCUGACCCGUGUUACAUAGAAAGCAUAGAAAGCCCUAAACUAAGUGCAUGUCCUGAUUAAUAACACGGGGAGUUUGCAGAGCUCUCUUUGAAUCCACUCUCUUUGGCUGAGUUAUACUAGAUUUUUUUUUUUAUAGUGGCUAAUGUUUGAUAUUAAAAAAGGCUUCAUGUUCUACAUGUUUGUUAAAGGUGUUCUGAAACAGCCACUUGUUUAAGUAUAUUGGUUUUGUUUUAAUAUUCAAGCUAGCAGGUUAAAUAAAAACAUUAAUUUAAAAUUGACCUCAUUUUGAGUUUGUGAAAAUUAAAUCACAGGCAACCCGAGUCUAGCUUCUAAUAAAGUACUCCAUAAAGCCAAGAUUAAAUAUAAAUGAUUCUUUGACUGGCAGAUGGUAUGGGGUAGAGUGGGAAUAUGAUGAAUAAUAAGAGGUUUGACAUUGACUUGCAUUCUUAAAAAAUAUGCUUUUUCCUUUUGUAUUUCUUUUCGCAAAGGCCAAGCGCACCAAGAAGGUCGGUAUUGUAGGUAAAUAUGGGACCCGAUAUGGUGCUUCCCUAAGGAAGAUGGUCAAGAAAAUUGAAAUCAGCCAGCAUGCCAAGUAUACAUGUUCCUUCUGUGGAAAGGUAAACCAGUUUUCAUGUCAUUCAGUUGCUACCCUCUUAUGUUCUUUCUGUAUAAUUGACUUACUCUCUUUCCAUCUUAAAGGUGCAGUCAUGCACACAGCCACUUCUCCUUUUUUGCUUUUUAUUGCAGAUAUUUACACACAUCUAGGGACCAUGCACCCAUUGCUAUAUCCCUGCUGUCCUAGUCUGAGCACUCUCCGCUCUAGUUACUAAGAGAAUCUUUUUCUCUCAGCUCAUCGUAGUAUACAUGUUACUUUAUUUUGUUUCAACAUAUUUGGACAGUUGCAUGAGGGUGCAAUGCUCUUCCAAGGUAGAGUUAAAGUGGAGAAGGUGGUUUUUGCUCUAUAACCUCUACAGUGCAUUUUAGGUAUUAAGGGUGCUUGAGGUAUCUUUAAUCUUCAUAUCCACAAAUUAAAUAACGCUUGUUUUGAUGGACAUGUCUUGGUUCCCUUUUUAGACCAAAAUGAAGAGAAAGGCUGUUGGAAUCUGGCACUGUGGAUCUUGCAUGAAAAUUGUAGCUGGAGGAGCCUGGACCUACAAGUAAGAACCUCUCUAUUACUCAAUGUUAUUGCAUAAGUCCAUUUUGAAUCAAAAACUACUUUACAGAUUCUAUGCAUCAUAACAACCAAAUGUCUGUUGCAUAGGUAAUGGUUCAAAGAGGUUCCUUGUCUUUAUUUACAAGAAUUGCUGCUGUUAUGAGACUGCUCCUUCUCCUGUUUGUGUAGAAGAAGUUUAGAGUGCGCAAAUUCCUUUCCUUCUACUCUAUAUCUCAGAGCCAAAGCCUAGGCCGCAUCAGAUCAGAGAAAUGGAACUGCCACUGAGGGUCAGACUACAUAAACUGUAAACCUCUACUGGAAUGUUCUGACUUAUUUGAUUCUACUCUGAAAAGCUCUUCAACCCUGCCUUCAGAUUUCUAUGCUAGAAAAUGUCUAUCUUUUCAGUCUUCUAGUCUGUUUAACCUUUAACUCUAUAAGAUAUAGGCAUAGAGUGAAGGACCGAUGACAUGACAUACACUUUGGUUCCUUUUUAGACAAUGAAGUGCAUCAUCCCACAAUGCUUGGUGUAGAGCCUUUACAUUCUUAAAAGAUGCAUUGAACAUGCCAUCUUAGUCUCUUACAUAGAAACAUAGAAUGUGACGGCAGAUAAGAACCAUUCGGCCCAUCUAGUCUGCCCAAUUUUCUAAAUACUUUCAUUAGUCCCUAGUCUUAUCUUAUAGUUAGGAUAGUCUUAUGCCUAUCCCACGCAUGCUUAAACUCCUCUGUGUUAACCUCUACCACUUCAGCUGGAAGGCUAUUCCAUGCAUCCACUACCCUCUCAGUAAAGUAAUACUUCCUGAUAUUAUUUUUAAACCUUUGUCCCUCUAAUUUAAGACUAUGUCCUCUUGUUGUGGUAGUUUUUCUUCUUUUAAAUAUAGUCUCCUCCUUUACUGUGUUGAUUCCCUUUAUAUAUUUAAAUGUUUCUAUCAUAUCCCCCCUGUCUCGUCUUUCCUCCAAGCUAUACAUGUUAAGAUCCUUUAACCUUUCCUGGUAAGUUUUAUCCCGCAAUCCAUGAACCAGUUUAGUAGCCCUUCUCUGAACCCUCUCUAAGGUAUCAAUAUCCUUCUGAAAAUACAGUCUCCAGUACUGUGUACAAUACUCCAAGUGAGGUCUCACCAGUGUUCUGUACAAUGGCAUGAGCACUUCCCUCUUUCUACUGGUAAUAACUCUCCCUAUAUAACCAAGCAUUCUGCUAGCAUUUCUCUUGCUUCAGUAAUAAUAUAGCAGGGCUUGACAAAUCCCAUGGUGACUAGGAAGUUUGUCCUGGUGCCUGGGUGUUUGUCGGCACGUUCAGAUGAGAAAGCUGUAAUCUUUUGAUUUGUUCCUUCGCAUGCCCACGGUGAUGCCGGGAUAUGUUACUUCGGCCCUGGCAUCACUAAACCACAUGCAAAGGGGCAGAGUAAGAAGAGCUUAAAGAUUACAGCAUCACAGGGAAAGCAUCCACUCCAGCUAUCUGGUCUUAAAAUAUAAAACACAAUUUGUGAGUUUGUGAGAAAACUCUCAGUGAGUGUCAAAUGUGACUGGCCACGCUCCAAUCAUAUGGGAAAUGUAUUUUUCCACUUUUUUUUUUCUUUUCACAUUGUGUCUGGUCCUGCCUUCAUGGCUGAGAUCAGUCUUGAUGAUCUCAGCCAAGCCAAUGCUUUUUCAUAGGAAAGCAUUGGAAGGCGGUUGAGCAUGUUCGACAAAACUCAAUACUACAUCAAUCAGCAUCUCCUCAUAGAGAUGUAUUGAAUCAAUGCAUCUCUGUGGGGAACAUUCAGCGCCUCAAUGUAGCUGCUGUGCAGCACUGGAGUAUUAACACAGAGUGACUGUUACUAGAGGUGUUACUAGGCAGCAAUGUAAACUCUGCCUGUGGCGGUAUACACUCUCGAGGAUGGGUUACUACUGCCUAUGGUUGCCCCUUCCUAGUUUUGCCCAGCCCUAGAGUGAUUAUAGUCACUUGCUGAAGAGCAUUCGUGGUAUCACCCAAACACUAGUCGAGACUUAGUGAAGGCUGAACAAGAACUGUUUAUUGUAGGCAAGAUACACUAUAUUUAUACACAAAAUGUAUAAAGGGAGCCCAGGCCUGAGAUUGUCUGCUUUGAUGGGCUAACUUGGUUAUAAGCCACUCUAAGAGCUAAGUGUUAGGGCAGAGUAGCCUCUGCAGUAUAGCCUGCUGUAGUAAAUGUUACUGGAGUGCCCUGUCAUCCUUCCUGGGGUUAAGUAGAGAAACUAAAAACGGUUUGACAACUUGUCUGAACUCUGCAGUCAGCUGGGCAGCAGUCACUUCUGUUGCCUACCCUUACCGUGCUGUAGUAUGGUGCAGGAGCUUACUUCUGACAAUGAGGUUGUGAUGGUGCUUUUCUGGUACCAUAAAACCACUAAAGCAGAAUGUGGUGGUUAUGGUGCUUGGAAUGAUCCUUCAAACAGGUAAACUUACAGCUGUUUUAACCAAAGAAAAGAAAGUUACCUGCGCUCUCUCCUUAAUCCCUAUGUAUAUUUAGACAAAUGGACCAUUCAGCCUGCUUCCUUGAGCUUCUGGCAAAGAUAUCUCUGAGACAGAAAGGGGUAUUUUUUAUAUACACCCCUAUAUACUUAUUAACCUAUAAUAGGGAAUACAUGGGAUGGGCUGCAGCAUUGUAACAAGGCUGUGUGAUACAAAGUAAAUACAGAGAGCGCAGGUAACUUUUUCUUUUCUUUGGUUUUUACUAUAUAUUGGGGCUGAUGUGUACUGUAGUCAUUGCUGCCGGCCCUGUAGUGAUGGGAGUGAGCGCAGGACUUCUCUAUUUGUAUUUACUUUGUAUCACACAGCCUUGUUACAAUGCUGCCGUCCAUCCCAUGUGUUCCCUAUUAAGGGUUACUAAGUAUAUAGGGGUGUAUAUAAAAAAAAAUACCCCUUUCUGUCUCAUUAGAGAUAUCUUUGCCAGAAGCUCAAGGAAGCAGGCUGAAGGGUCAGUGUUAGGACCCGCUUAGGGGGGGGGUCUGCCUUGACUUGGCAGGCGGGCAUUCUCUCCAAUGGCCAUUGGAGCAACUGAAUGACCUCCAUUUGUCUAAAUAUACAUAGGGAUUAAGGAGAGCACAGGUAAUUUUUUUUUUUUUUUUUUUUCCUUCUUUCUUUGGUUUUUACUAUAUAUUGGAGGUGAUGUGUACUGUAGUCAUUGCUGCCGGCCCUGUAGUGAUGGGAGUGAGCGCAGGACUUCUCGUUUUGUAUUUACAGCUGUUUUAUCCUAGAAUUAGCAAUUCAUUUCUUCUCUACAAUUCACAUUUUAGUGAAUGAUUCUCCCAAGUUAUAUUCAGGUUUUCUUAGCCUGCAGUAUGAUUACCCCCUAAUGCUCUGACAUGGUGAGUGAGGUACUUUACCAGUUUAAUUUCAUUAAAUGUUUUGCCAUGCUUGCUGAGAAGCUGAUGAAUGGAUACUUGGGUGUAAAAAAAAAAUAAAAAAAAUUCCUGGUUCUAAUUGGUUAGAAAUAUUCUGAAUAAGCUAUAGGUCUCUAAAUACUUUGUCUUCUACUUCACUGGUAUAGUGUCUUGUCAGCACUACCAGUUCUGUGAAAAAUCUGUCAGAAGUAGCUUUUCUGGCCCGGUUUUACAUAUUAAUAUUUCAUUUCACCAGACAAUCAUUUGAACAUGAUCUAUUACCUGCAGCUAAUUGAUCUGUUGCAGAUAUAAAGUAAAAUGUCUGCAGUUUGUUAUUGAAUGUUAUUUCAUACUCUCUAAAUAAAAAUAUAUUCUCUCUCAGAAUGCUUCUCUGUGAAUCUAUGGUAUUCGGGAAGAACAAAUUGGUGUCCUAAGUUAUUGAAGUAUUAUAUUUUUAAUACAGUUUUGUAGUGCUUUGCAAGCACUGUUUGUAAUAUAGGUGCAGAGUUAAAAUGAUGCACCCUGACUCAGUUUCCUCUUUACAUUAACCAGUCCUGUUUAUUGCCCGUGACUGAUCUCCUCUUUACUUCUGUUUACAGCACCACCUCUGCCGUCACAGUGAAAUCUGCCAUCAGAAGACUGAAGGAACUGAAAGAUCAGUAAACGCAGCCUGCUUGUACAGAAUAUUCUUAAUAAAGAAUGUUUUUGUUAAAUUAACAAUUUGCCUUCUUGUGGAGUCUUUGGUUAUGAAAUCUAGAUCCUAAAACAUCAGU